AUGGCCAUCGACUUGCAGGUACUUCCUGCCGAGAUCCGUGACGUGAAUGAGACGUCGCGCUCCAAUCAGAAUACUCAGCCGCCUCACGGUGCACCUCAAAAUGGCACGAGCGGCAAGUCCGACAAGCUGCUUGGCGAGUUCAGCAAAACCAACAGCCCGAGCGGGAUGCCAUCCUUCAGCGUCGUGAACAUGUUGCGCGUACACGAGCUGCUCUGUGGGCACCUUUUCGUAAACGAUUGGUCCUGGAUGGGCUACAAGUUCACGGCGCUGGCGAGGCUGGCCCUGUGGCGCGACAGCCCGGCCCAGCUGGUGAAUGACGAGGAGAUUGACGCCUUCCUCGACGACGCGAUGCCAGACAUGCCCAAGAUUGAUAUGCCCAUACCGUCUAUUGAAAAGCUUCGUGGUGCUUUCAAGCGUGCUCGGCGUGCUGCCCCGGGCCCUGACGGCCUCCCGGUGGACGCUUGGCUGCCGUGCCAGAGGGCCAUGGACAACGUGUUCCCGCUCAUGCAGAAGAUGUUCGACGGGUCUGCUCUCAUUCCAGGACUUAACGACAGUCUGUUCGCUUUCCUCCCCAAGGGUUUGGCGGAUCCUGGGCGGUCAGAUCUGACGGACUGUAUUCGGGCACCCGGCACUACCAGACCACUUAGCCUGAAGAACCAAGACAUCAACGCGAUAGCAACAGCAAUGAACUAUCACAUGAAGGGUGUGGCAGAGUCGUCAACUGAUCCAGACCAGCAGGGAUUUAUCGCAUGUAGAAACUAUGCCAGGCACAUUCUCACUAUGGAUACGGAAGCGAGAGCCGUGCCCGUGCCGCCGUGCGUGAGGCCGCUCUGCAGGGACGCCGGCCCAAGAUGCAAGGCGGUGGAGUAUCUGCUGAAGCAGAAGGCGCCCGCCUUGCACGAGCCAUUUGGGACUGGGCACGUGGCGCACGAGCGAGCGGACGCCGACGCCACGGGGCCGGGAGGCCUGACCGCACUGCACCUCGCCUGCCGCGACAAUUCCGCGGAGGUGGUGCAGCGCUAUCGGCCCGCACCGACGCCCUCGGCCCAUUGCCGAGCAGCGGGGCGCGUCUCGAAGAGGCUGCCCGGGAUGGCCAGCCUGACGGGGCGGCUCAAGGUCGUCGAGGUGCGUGGCCCCACGGGGGCCACCACCAGGUUCGCGGUGCCGGAGCCCUGGGAGGCCAUCGGCCCGCUCGGCGCUGGCGCCUACGCCUCCGUGGCCGCCUUCCGGGCCGGCCGCGGCGAGCGCUGCGCCGUGAAGAAGGUCGAGAGGGUGCUCGGCCACCCCGUGGUGGCGCUCAGGACCCUUCGGGAAGUGAAGCUGCUGCAGCACCUCCGCCACCCGAACAUCCUCGGCCUCCACGGGCUCCACGUGGACGGCCCCGACUUCACGGACACGUACCUCUGCCUCGAGCUGAUGGACAGCGACCUGCACAAGCUGAUCCACGGGGGGCCCGCUCUGCCCAGCUGCCAGGCGAAGAGCAUCAUGUACCAGAUGAUGCUGGGCCUGCUGUGCCUCCGCACAGCGAACGUCGUACACAGGGACAUGAAGCCUGGCAACGUGCUCGUCAAGGCGAACGGUAUCGCUAAGAUCGCCGAUUUCGGACUCGCCCGCGCCAUCGACGCCGGAGAGGACGACAGCGUCGAGGAAGUCCUGACGGAGUACGUGGUGACCCGCUACUACAGGGCCCCAGAGAUCGUGCUCACGGCGACGAGCUACACCUACGCCGUGGACAUGUGGUCCGCCGGAUGCAUCCUCGGGGAAAUGCUCACGUCGAAGACGGUGUUCCGGGGCAAGGACACGCUGGAUCAGGUCAGGAAGAUCGUGGGCGUCAUCGGUAGCCAGCCCACAGAAGAGAUGGAUUGGAUCCCGAGGGCGAGCCCAUCCUGGAAAUUCGUCCAGGAGUGCAACAGCAAGUCCACCAGCGAGGCCUUCCAGAAGGUUCUGCACACCCUCGGCUUGGAGACCGACGCCGCGGACCUGCUCGUGCAGACCCUGCGGUUCAGCCCAUCCAGGAGGAUCCAGGUCGAGGACGCCGUGUUGCACCCCUACCUCGAGUCCUUCAGCGCGGACACCGACCCCAACGUCGUGGCGGCCCUCGACGUGCCGCCGAUGGACUGGGACUUCGAUGGGGACCUCUGCUUCGACGCGCAUGGGAAACCGAGGCCCUACGACGCGGGGCGCUUCCGGCGCGCGCUGCUGGACUGCUGCGGCGCGGGCGCUCCGCUUGCCGCGGGGCCCCGCUCGGCUGCAGCGCCUGCCACGGCGGCUGCGGCGGCGGGCUCGGCCAAGCUGGGCAUUUCAGCGGCGAAGGACCUCGAGAGCCCGGGGGCGGCGAUAGUCCGUGACGCGAGGCGCCGUUGGGGGGGCAAGUAG